UCACGGUAUGUGAGACGUUGAAACCGCGGCGGCCAUGUUUGUUAGUGGACGAUACGUCACUUCCGGCUCAUCGUUCCCCUGGAAACGGAGCAGCGGCAGAAGAGACACUAGCUGAGCCGACGGGGGACAAUAGAGAUGUCCAGCAUGUACGGAAGCACCACGUCACUUUCGAGUAGACGCCAUGUGUCCGAUGAACGUUCGGAACCCCAGAAGCUCCGGCCCAAUGACGAAGAGUCAUUUUACACGUUUUGCCGAGCCGCUUACCUGAGCGUCUUCAAGAGCAGCCUGGAGAACAUCACAGACCGGCAGCAGCUAUGUCUAGCUCUCCAGCGGGGGGAACGGAAUCCGUCUACCAGAACCCUCAGCAAAUACUGGACGGCCAAGACCAAGGAGCUGAAUUUUGAUGAUUUCUGCGCCAUUGUGAAAAAAGAGAAACCUGCUGCAAAAGCCGAUCUCCUGAAAGCCUUCCGGAAACUCGACCCCGCUAACAAAGGAUAUAUCCUGCAUGAUGAGUUCAUUAAGAUCUUUACUACAAAAGGAGAGAAGAUGUCUGCGGAGGAGGUGAGCGCUGUUCUCCGUCUGGCUGAUGUAAAUAGUGGCGGCAGGUUAGACUAUAAUAAGUUCUGUGACGCGUUCUCCAGGACCUGUGACCAAUGUUCCAAGAUGGCAAUGGAGAAAAUGGAGACAAACAGCCGGGCCAAACGCCAGCAGUUUGGAAGCCAGAUCGAAACGUCUCCUGAACGUUCUGCGUCUCCUCGUACCCAGAAGUUUAGUGUUGGUGACACGACUCCACGGAAAGGGGAAAGUAGAUCCUCGCGGCCAUCAUCAGCCCGAAACUACAAAGGGACUGUGUCUACUGUGAUUAAUAUGGGGCCCCUCAAGAGUCCUCGAAACGUGGAACCCAGUGAUCUGCAGGACUGGCCUUGUACCCGCUCGAAAGGUUGCUUUUUCCUGGAAGGGAACGGCAUUGUGAGCCAUCACUACAGGCUGCAGCUGACCCUAAAAUCUACAGUGUAUCUGACCAUUAAGCCCUUAAAUCUCAGCAGAGCUGAAGUCUUACGUCUGGAAAGGUGAACUCGGAGGCGGCUCCUACACCCUGAUACCAUUUACUACAGGCUGCCGGCUGAGGAAGAAUAAGAAACCAGUCACAAAAGAAGCCCGUCUGGUUUAUAGAGACGACAGUGAGGAUUUACAGCUGACCGCUGAGUUUAGAUCGGCUCUGUCAGACGUGUUUGACAUCAUUGAUUUAGACGGGAACGGCUUCCUGAGCCUGGAGGAAUAUAAUUUCUUCGAGUUGCGGAGCAGCGGCGAGAAGUGCGAUGACGACGCCUGGGAGGUUUGUAAAGAGAACUUUGAAACCAAGAAGAACGAGUUAACAAGAAAAGGCUUCACGGAUCUCAACCUGAUGGAGGCCAAUGACCGAGAAGGAGACCCCAGUGACCUGUGGGUGACGCUUCAAUCCAUGGGCUACAAUAAAGCGCUGGAAAUGACAGAGGCCUGUCCUUUUAUCAUCGACUUGUAUGCCGAGAAGACUAAGCCCAAGCUUAAGGCCGUCAGCCUGGAAUCCAGCAGUCGCCUCCUGCAGAAGGUUCUGUGUAAAUCUGUCAUUCUCAAAGGGGACGGAAAACCCAUGGACGGCUGUGAAAACGUCAUCGUCUACACCUAUAAGAACGACACGCGCGUCUCUUCUGUCAUUGAAAACAAGUCUGAUAAGAAGAUUGUGGUGGAGGUAAAUACGGAUCAGAGCAAGAAUUGCGCCAGCAGCCGAGGACUGAACGUGUUUGCUGUAGAAGUGCCAGGAAGAUCGGCCAUGGUAUCUCAGCAUGUCAUGGCCGUCAAUGAGAAGCAGGAGUGGCUGUAUAACUGCGUGCAGAGCGUCCUCUCCUAAAGCCACGGAUGGAAGCUGCUAGUUUUGAUUUUUAGCAGAAUACAUUUUUAUAUUCUAUUUUUUAUUACCAAAGAUUUUCACUCAAUAGGAAAGUGCCAAAUUUCUCCAAUAUAGUGUUUACACGUAUUUAUUGUGCCAAGAUCGCAACGGCGGCUGCUUAAAAGAUAUACCUCCAGUUAUUAGGGGGGGAAAAGGAGAAUUAGCCAGAAAUGACACUGAAGGGAUUCUCAGACGUUCUACCAGCAGUGAUGUCCGACCGUCAUCCACCGUGGACCAGUGCAGAAGUUUCUACUGUCGCGCACCUAUUGAUCACUAUAGUAGCCGAUCAGCGAGGCUUCAGUUCUAGGUAUGGACUCAUUGUGGCUCAUACUAUAGAUAAUAGAUAAUAAAAUGUAUUCAGCACUAAACAGCUGAGAGGGUUUUCCUCUGGCAACAUUUACACACUAUUACAGUGUUUUCAACACAGUGUGCCUCCAGCUGUUGCAAAACUACAACUCCCCGCAUACCCAGACAGCUAAAGUUCUGUCUGCCUCCUUCAGAGGAUCCACACCAUCCCUGAAAGGUAAUUCAAGGCUUCCCUCUCAUAUCAUCCCUUAGUGCAGUGGUCUUCAAACUUCAACCCCCCAACUGUUGCAAAGCUACAACUCCCCGCAUACCCAGAUAGCUAAAGGCCUGUCUGCCUCCUUCAGAGGAUCUACACAGUCCCUGAAAGGUAAUUUAAGGCUUCCCUCUCAUAUCAUCCCUUAGUGCAGUGGUCUUCAAACUUCAACCCUCCAACUGUUGCAAAACUACAACUCCCAGCAUACCCAGACAGCUAAAGGUCUGUCUGCCUCCUUAAGAGGAUCCACACAGUCACUGAAAGGUAAUUCAAGGCUUCCCUCUCAUAUCAUCCCUUAGUGCAGUGGUAUUCAAAUGUCAACCCUCCAACUGUUGCAAAACUACAACUCCCCGCAUACCCAGACAGCUAAAGGUCUGUCUGCCUCCUUCAGAGGAUCCACACAGUCCCUGAAAGGUAAUUCAAGGCUUCCCUCUCAUAUCAUCCCUUAGUGCAGUGGUCUUCAAACUUCAACCCUCCAACUGUUGCAAAACUACAACUCCUAGCAUGCCCGGACAGCCGAAGGCUGUCCGGGCAUGCUGGGAGUUGUAGUUUUGCAACAGCUGGAGACACAGUGUAUGGAAAAUGCUGCCCUAUUAACUAGAUACGCCAUACGUUUCUGAUUUAUGGGGUCCUGGUUCACUCACUUGUCCUGUUUAUGUAUCUCCCUUUCACUAUUAGGAUGUAUUCACACGUGUUAGAAUGCAGACGUGUUGCCCGUUUCAUACAGCGCAUGGGGUAAAAUCCACAGCAAACGCCCCAUGUAAGACAUGGAUUUGUGGUGUAAAGUGAUGUCAGGUAUGAAUUUACCCUAAGGGUAGGGUCAUACGUAACGGAUCCGCUGUGUAUUUCACGCCAGUGACCCGACCCAUAGUGUACCUCCAGUUG